AUGCUUGUCUCUGAGUGUUCUCAGCAAUCACAAACACUCCCUGGUUGUUUUGGAUACAUUUAUUACAAAGGGUCUUGUGAACUGAAGUUUGUUAAUGGAGUUAAACUGGACACGAGUAACAAUGCGCCCAAUUCUGCUGUGGUUCUCUGCGAUAAACUUGAAUCAACAACAGCCGAAACCCCCACCACAACGGAACUAACCGCAACGCCAUCAACUACAACGCUACCAACUACAACUGAACCAACUACAACGCCACCAACUACAACUGAACCAACUACAACGCUACCAACUACAACUGAACCGACUACAACGAAACUUACAACUACGGCACCAACCACAAUUAAACCUACAACGACCUCCCCAACUACAACGAAACCAACAACUACGACUGUAACCACAACUACUCAAGAUCCCGUAAAGAUAAUCAUCGCCAACGUAAUUGGAUCUGUCAUGCCUGCCUGCACACUUAUAGAUCCUAAUUCUGACUGUGAGGCUGACUUUGGAAAUAUAAAGCUUGCUACCACCAAAGAUGUAGCCUGCAAUGCAUCCGAGUCGCUUUUUACGUGCCUCAAGAACAAAUGUGAUGACACACAGGGUCUGAAGACGGCCAUUGCUGGAGCUAGAGACCUAUGUGGUGCUGCCAACAUGCUGAAAGUAAAGGAAAUAUUGAUUGUUAUAGCUACUCUUAUGGCUUUCCUAAUAAGUGAUUAUAAGUAA